CAUUGAAUUUUAUUUAUUAGGACUUAAGAACUAGUUUUAAAAUUUUAUAGUUAGUUGUGUAAGACGUAAAUAAAAUAUAGAGUUUGAUUUGAAUUUUGAAGUUAGUUGUUUUUGUUAAGCUUAUCUUUUUUUUUCCUGAUAUGCGGUGGAAGUACUUAGCCGAUUUAGAUAAAUCGGGUCUUUAUUACUUGGGUUUGGUUUAACAGUCUCUCAAACAUGACAUCAAAGGAUUCUUAGUUCUUCUCUCCAGUCACAGCAUCUCAUCUUCGAUUUAUCGAGCUUGUCUCUCAAUCUACUGAAGUGAAGAAGUUUAAGAGGUGUGUGGCGUUCUGGAGUUUUUUUAGUUUGGCAACUUGUUUAGAUGGAGAAGUGUCUCAAGCCCUUGUUUGGAUUCUAUCUGAUGUGGUUUUGGGGCUGUUGAUUUUCUUUUGUGUCGUCUGGUUUCUGCUGUGUGUGAUUUCUGGUUUUUCGGAAUUUUUGGUAAAGAGUUUUGGAGCUUUUGCUCAAUUACAUGGGGUUUGGAGUAGUUGAUUGCCAAACUUGUAUGUGUCUUCACUGGCACAUGGCUUCUUGUGUCGAAGAAGUGAGGCAAACCGACAAAGUAUGAACAGUAUUAUUAUGAAGAGACAUUUUCACACGCGAUUUGGCGGCCUGUGUGAAGCUGGCUAAGAGCCUGCUGCCUAUCUAAGACGCGUCACAGCGUCGGCCGUUCAUGUAUUGAGCCACCUUUAUCACUUAAUAUUUUGAUAUUAAGCGUUGAUUGACCAUUAGAUGAAAAUUAACGACUAAUCUCCAUUCAGAGGGUCAGCUCAAAACUAGGACAACAACGACAUUUUAGGUAUACUUUAUUAAUUCUCGUAUGGUCAAUUCAAUUCGCUACAACUUGCUUCAGCCAUUACUGCCACCAUAUUAACUCGCUGGACCAAUUAUGAUAUGUCUAUCUAGUAAACACACCAAAAACAAUCCACUUCCAUCAAUAUCUUUUGUGAUUGCCAAUAAUUGUAAACUUGUAGUAAUUGGUUGAUAAUAGUGGGUACUUUUUGUCUGGUGAUAUCUAAUUUUCUUAGCGACGAGAUCUUUAAAGUUAUUGAACAUCAAUAUGUUUUUGACUCUAUUUUCUAAAAUGAAGACUUUAUAUGGAGGCCGUGUUCAGUUUAGACACACUGUAUUAAAACAAUAUCCAGUGUUUGGUGUCCUAUUAGGACAACAUCCAUCCUUUUCAGUUAGUUCAUUAUUGACCUGUUGGAAAUUUUAGAACCAACGGUAUCGCAAAAAUUCAAAUUUUAUCCUUAUUUUUUUAAAGCACAAAAUCACCUAUAAAUCUACAUUCCUUCUUCAGAAUAUUCAUUUCCUUUUCAUUCUCCACUUCCAAAAACAAAUCAACAACCUUUCAGAUAUCCAUUGAAAUUUUUAUUCCACAAGAACAUUCAUACUCUCUAGGUUAGGUUAUUCCACGAGGAGAAACUUAGCUGUGCAAUUCGCUUCUACACAAUGCUUUCACUAGUGAUAUUUGCUGAGUUACUUAGCGAGUACACCACUGCUCUCGCCAAAAUCGCCGCCGGUAUUGUUAUUCCUCGGCGUUCUGAUGAUGAGCAUAGAGAUAUUCGCAUAGGCUGUCUCUCCUUUCCUCUUCCUUCCUCGUCACCUGUUCCGGACUUCUCCACACAUCUCGUUGAUUUUUGAGUUUUAAUUCGUUUAAGAUUGUAGCAGUCACGUUUUAGAGAUUUUUGUUUCGUGUCACAACUCUGUUAUUCUUCUAUCUUGCAUAACUUGUAAUCUCUAAUCUCUUCAUGAGCAAAAAAAAAAAGAGUUUCUUCUGUGCAUA